UUUCCCAAACACCCCUAUCGUUUCAUCAGAAAUGGACUGUUCCAAAAGUUCGCACUGGGGUUGCUAGGUUACGGAGCGGGAGAGAGAACCGUAUAGCGGAGUUGGCUGCACGUUGUAGAUAGUUUAUAGACCGAAACAGGUGGAUUAAGUGCCAAAUUAUUGAAGUGUUUAUUGAUUAUGUAUACGUGUGCGUGCAUCACGAUAACCACACAUUUCUUAUUCAAUAAACAAACCUACAUUUCUUGAGAUAUCGUUGUCUUGACCAGCAACCUGUAGCCUUCAGCAAUCCAACCAGUGGUUGAAAAAGAGAUUUUACAUGGUCCUUCGAGCCGGAUGCUGACUGGCUACAGAGAUGUCUCAACCAAGGAAAGAAGCACCUGUUGUACGUCCACGACGACAAGUUAAACCCCCAGCUCAUUUGGUAGAUUACGAGCUUGGUGAUCCAUUACAGCAUCUACAGUCACUCCCUAUGACAGGGCGAAGCAGAGUACAGCCCCCAAGCAAUGCAGAUAAUUCCAGAUCGACUUCGCCUAUUAGUCAGGUGGCAGAGUAUGAGAAAUGGAAAUUAGAAGAUGAGUGGUAUGCGUCUGAUGAACAAGGAGAAGAUGUCGAGCUUAAAGCUAUGUUACGUACAGUGCAGAAUGAUAGCGCUGAUUUACGUCGUCAAACUAGUCAGCUGCCAUUGAUUAUGUCGGCAUUACAGGAGAUGCGAAUGCAGAAUGCCAUGUUACAUCAGGAGCUACAAAGCCUGAAAGCAGAACAGAGAGCUCAGUCAGUAAUACCACCACCCGCAUCCUUUGUUCCAGUGGCUAGUCCAGAGACCUCAUACUCAUAUCAUCCAGUGCCAGCUCCACGGACAAGAGCGCCACCACCUGCUUCCAUGAGAGCACUGCACCCAGUUCAAAAGGACGAGUACACUGACUUAACUGAGGACUUCAGGAAUUUAGACAUUUCUUCCUUUGCUCACGAGAGAGUACAAUCACGAGUACGACACAGCAGUCCAUUUCAACCCAGAUAUCCCCCAUCUUCUCAGCACAUCUCAUCUCAUCAGUCAAAGUUUGAGACUCUAGAACAUGAGCAAAUGCCACCUGCUCAUCCAAAUAAGACUCAAGAUGUCAGCCAGCCUUCAUUUACACAGGAGAAAACAUACAAGGGUCCUGCUCCAACCAUACCCUUUCUAACAUCUGCUGAUCCUAGACAAUUCUCUAGACUAAGAAUAGCCCUUGAGAACAUUCUGCCUGAGGAUGCAACUGAGCAUUUUAAAUUUCAGAUACUUACUGACCACCUGAAGCUGGAGGAGGCACUUCUUGUGUCAGAUUCAUACAGUAAUUCAAGGUUUCCUUUUACUAAUACCAUGAGAGCACUAAACAAAAUGUACGGUCAACCCCACCAGUUAGCCUUACAACGCAUCGCAGAUCUGAUGGAUGGACCAAACAUUCGUAGUGGUGAUGUGAAAGCUUUUCGGCUGUUUGGACUCCAUGUACGCUCAUUGGUUAGUAUGUUGGAACAACUUGGCCAGAAUGGAAUGACUGAGCUGGAGUGUGGAUCACAUGUUUCCAGACUUAUGAGCAAACUACCACAUGACCUCAGGUCCAGUUUUAAGAGGUACAUACAUCCUCUGGGAGUUACCAUUCCUACAUUACUGGACUUCGCCGAAUGGCUUGAGUACGAGCUUCAGGUUCAGGAAGACCACACUGAUUACAGCCCGCAACUCAAACAAGUGUCAUCGGUUCAGAGAAAGGAAAUGAGGAAAGAGUAUAAGCAAAACCGCAAACCCACUGCCAUUUUCCUUGGUACAGAGAAACCAAAGGCUGCUUCAGUAUCACCAGCUGAACAACAGAGACCAACUGCUGCUAAGAGAGAAUGGGUGAAUGCUUACUGUGCAUACUGUGAUAACAACAGACAUUACCUGAAUAACUGUGAGAGCUUUAAGUUACUCAGCAAAGAACAGAAAGUGACAUGGAUUAGGAGCCAGAAUAGAUGCUGGCGCUGUGGACGCGGUCACCAAGCAGCUUACUGCACUCUGAAAGUUCUCUGUCAAACCUGUAACAGAAAGCACUUGGUUGCACUACAUGAUGUAAAUGAGAAAGGUAGAGAAACAGAAGAAUCUGUUCCGACCAGUGCCGUAUUAUAUGUUGAUCGUCCCACCUGUGACAACAAGAUUCUGUUAAAAGUGACCAAAGUUUUGCUCAGAAAUGGCAACAAAGCUAUGGAGGCUUAUGCUGUACUUGAUGAUGGGUCAGAGCGAACCAUUAUCCUCAAUGAUGCAGUACAGAAGCUAAAACUGAAGGGACAGCCAGAGGACUUAGCCCUUCGCACAGUCAGGCAAGAGACACAGACCAUUCAUGGGGCGGCUGUAACAUUCACAGUGUCUUCAAUGGAUAACCCUCGUAAGGUUUUCAGGAUUCGGAGUGCCUUUACAGCUGACAGCCUGGGACUAGCAGAGCACACCCACCCAGUCAAGGUACUUCAGAAAAGAUACAAACACCUUGCAGGUCUGCCGCUUCAGCAUUUUCACAAUGUGAAACCUGUGAUUCUUAUUGGUUCUGACUGCCCUCACCUCAUAACACCCAUAGAACCAGUCAGACUAGGCCCACCGGGUGGCCCUGCUGCUGUGAGAACACGCUUGGGAUGGACAUUACAGGGUCCAGCACAAGAUAUAACAACCAGAUUUUCCCCACAGCAUUGUCUCUUCACUAGCCUGCGACCCAUUGACAGCCUGUAUGCUGAUGUGGAGAAACUGUGGAAAAUGGACAUCCUCCCAUUUCAGAGUGAGAAAGUACUAACAAGGUCACGACAAGACCAGGAGUCCAUACAGCUACUCCAAGACAAAACAGUGAGAGUAGACGUUGAUGGAGUCCAGAGAUAUGCAACCCCUCUGCUAUGUGUUAAGAACAUGCCAUUCCUUCAUGCACCCAAAGAAGCUGUACUGCCACAAUUACGGUGAAUUGAAAAUCGGUUGGAAAGAAAACCUGAUCAAGCAGCAGCAUACCAGGAAGAGAUAGUCAGGUUACAGAAAGCCGGCUACAUCAUGAAACUCAACCCUGAACAGGUGAAACAGUCCAAGGAAACUUGGUACAUACCACACCAUAUGGUAGAGCAUAAUGGAAAGAACAGGGUCGUAUUCAACUGUUCAUUCACAUACAAAGGCCAAAAUUUAAAUGAGUUCUUGCUACCUGGUCCAACACUCAGUCCUUCUCUCCUGGCAGUUCUACUACGUUUCAGAGAACAUUCCAUUGCAGUUAGC